AUGGAUGAUCUGAUGAAUGAUUUAGAAGCAGGAAUAACAUAUAAUCCUUCAAGAAGUUCAAAUAAAAAAAUGAAAAAACGUAAACAACUUGAUGCAUUAUUAAAAUUUCGUUUAUCUAAAUCUAAUCGAUUGUCAAAUGAAGUUGGUCAUACUUCUGAAGAUGAAUUAUUUUUACCAGAAAAGAAAAAUACUCUAAAUAAAUCACAAUCAUCACGAUAUCGUCGUUGGUAUAAUUAUACUCGACACAUUCUUUCUUUUUGUUUUGUUUGUAUUUUUAUGAUUGUCUGUGUUGGAUUAGCAUAUGCAAAUAUUGAAUUGAAGAAUGAAGUUCAAAAUUUAUCUUUACGUGUCACUGAAAUUGAAAAACGUUUUUCAAGCUAUGAAAUUAAUCGUAUGAUAUCUUUAAUUGAAGACAUAAAAACACGUUUUAAUGUGAUUGAAAGUUGGAAUGUUUCGUAUAUUUAUGAUCGAUUACAAAAAUUACAAGUAGAUUUUCAUCAAAUGAAAGGAAAUGCUCAUGCAGCUGAGUCAUCGAUGAAUAACGAAGAAGUAGAUGUUUCAUCAAAAUUGGAUAAAAUUGAAGAAAAAUCAACACAUAUGUCCGAACUUGCUGAUGAAUUAGAAAAACUAAGUCGUGAUGCUGAUAUAGUUACAGAAAAAACAAAAACAUUCGAUAGAAAUUUUCUUACACAUUUACUUGAACAAGAAGGACGAGAAAAUCUUCAACAAGAUAGAAAUCAAUUAGCAAAAAAUAUACUUUCAUUGAAUGAAAGUUUAUCUACAAAUACAAAUAAAUGGCAUGAAGAAUUAAAAUCUCUUCGCGAUGAACUCGCAAGUCUCAAUCAAACUGUAAAAAUACAAGAAUUAAUUGUACAUUUUCAAGAAUUAAAUAAUAUUGUUCAUAAUUCAACAGAAAAAACAUCAAUAAUUCUUACGACAUUACAAUCCAAUUUGGAUCAAUUGAGAACUCAAAUAGAUGCAUGUAAAUGUUCUAAAGAACCUUUACGAUUAAAACCAUCAGUUGUUGACAGUAAUCAAUUGCAGCAGAGUAUUGUCACAAAACCUAACACUAUUAACACAUCAUCGUCGUCGUCUUCUACGACAACAAGCACAGUGGAUGCUUCUACAGAAUUAAAUCAAUCAGAGAAAACCAAUUCUAAUAAUACGAUUGAUAUUGCUCAAAUUAUCAAUCCACCUCCAACACAAACUGGUUAA